CGUCUGGAAAACAGCUGAGCAAAGACCAAACAACAACCAUCUAUCAGACUUUAGCUACUUAUAGAAGUAUACAAUCUGAACAUUGACCCGUAGCUUUGACAUGGCACUUGAGGAAUAUUCACAAAGAAGCUAGCUAAUACAGUUAAUGCGAAGAGGAAAAAAAAACCGUAUUUGCAGCUUGGAAGAAACCAGGAAGAUGUUUGAGAAUUUCAGAGAAAGGUUGCAGACGGUGCAGCAAGAUUUCACAACGGGGAUGAAGACUCUGAGUGACAAAUCAAAGGAGGCCAAAGUAAAGCAGAAACACAGACAUGAACAUCUGACACAGUUUUCUGCUGGAGUAGAACUGCUCAGUCGGUACGAAGACACCUGGGUGACUCUCCACAGAAAAGCUAAAGAUUGUGCGAAAGCUGGAGAGACAGUGGAUGGAGAGGUGGUGAUGCUGUCUGCACACUGGGAGAAGAGAAGAGCAGCAGUGGUGGAACUACAGGAACAACUACAGCAGAUCCCAGGCUUCCUCACAGACCUGGAGACGUGCACCAACCGCAUCGCCCACCUGGAGGCAGACUUUGAGGAGCUGGAGAGCCGGCUGAUGUACCUGGACAACCUGUGUGGUCAGUGUGAGCAGCAGCGCUUCAGACACUUCCAGGUCCUGCAGCUGGAGAACUACAAGAAGAAAAAGAGGAAAGAGCUGGAGUCUCUCAAAGCCGAGCUGGACUCUGAGCACGCCCAGAAGGUGCUGGACAUGGAGCACGCCCAGCAGGGGAAGCUGAAGGAGAGGCAGAAGUACUUUGAAGAAGCUUUCCAACAGGACAUGGAUCAGUACCUCUCUACUGGCUACCUGCAGAUCACUGACAGAAGAGGGCCAAUAGGUAGCAUGUCUUCCAUGGAGGUGAACGUUGACGUUCUGGAACAGAUGGACCUGAUGGACGUGUCGGACCACGAGGCCCUCGACGUCUUUCUCAACUCUGGAGGAGAAGACGACAGCCUGACCUCUUCACUCACCUCAGGUCCAGACCCUGAGUCGUUGUCCUCUGAGAUCUCCCUGCGGGUGCCCACCCAGGCGGAACUGAGGAACAAGCCGUCUUCCUUCUCCUCCACGGAGCCAGGCUCAGCCAGCCAGGACACCAGCCAGGACACCAGCCUGGGGGAGUGCCAGGAGGGGGAGGGCAGCGAGGCCAGUGGAGACGGAGACCAGCCCCUGGUACUGCCAGACGAGGAGGAAGUGCAGGCAGACACAGCCCUGGUGUCGUUGCCCGAGGCAGAGACGUUCAAGAACUCUGACGACAGCGACUCGCAGGCUUCUUAGGAGCCGUCACAGAGCUGCCCCCUGGGUGAGACCGGCUCUAGGGGGUAUAGGGUAGCUCCUAGACGCUGAUCUGGGGGUCCGUUUUGCAUUUUUUCCCCAAAAAAACUUUUUUUCUUUUCUGUUUUUUUAUAAAUGAAAUGUAGCUUCCUUCCUUGUAUCCAAUUAUAUCUAAGUAAAUAAUAAUAAAGUUGUUUAAAAUGUUCAA